AUCUCAAAAGGGUCUCUCCUCUCAAAAUAGCAGAACUUCCAAUUCCGAAUGUCUAGUUCUGAGAAUGGCCGAAUAUCUAGCUCUGAAGCCUCUUCAUCAUCAUCUCCAUUACCCUCAUUCUCUAGUGAAGCAUUCUCUUCUUCAUCUUCAUCUUCAUCACCUACAAAGGUUCAGAUAGUUUCAAGAUCGGUAUCGGACAAGCUUCUGGGUAAGUUCGCUGAUGUAUCAGAAUUCGAUUUCGAUUACGAGCAGAGUGGGUUGUGGUCACCGCCGGUGAGACGCACAGUGUUCUUGAAUUCCCCCGGUAAGGUAUGUAGCGACCAAGAUAUGUUUGAUAAGCUCAAGAGGAGACGCCAUGGAAGGAGAUACAAGGUGAAAUGGUGCUCGUGAAGGGAGGUUCCGAUCCAUCGAAGAUGGCGGCGGAGCAGGAGGAGGAGGAAGUAGUGGCAGCGUUUCUGCAGGGGUUAGCAGUAAGACGAAAAUGUCCCUCAGUUUUUCAAAUGUAGUUAAUUACCAAGUUGUCCCUUUGCUGUAAAGAAGAGAAAAAGAAUGCCUUUCUCAGUUUUUCUGUUGUGGUCGCUGUGAUACUUUCGUAUUGUCACUGUAAUAUUUUUUACCAAAAAAAUUUGUCAUUCUAAUAUUUCUACAUAGAAUACAACCCAGCACAGCAUGAUUCAUGAUUUUCUCUCG